AUGUACUUCACGCCACCCCCGCUCGAGAUUCCCGCGUCUUACGAGACCCUCGCAACAAAGCACAUUAAGGUAUCACACUACCCCGUCGGCUCAGCAACCGCGACCCCGGUCGUGAUUGUGACGCUGAACAGACCCGAGAAGCGCAAUGCCUUUACAAUGACCAUGUCCGAGGACCUCGAGAAGGUCUACACCCUGUUUGACCGGGAUGAACGCGUGCGAGUCGUUGUCCUGACAGGCGCUGGGAACACGUUCUGCGCUGGCGCGGAUUUAGAAAUUGGGUUCCAUGCUCUUGAGGAGAGGUCGAAGGAUCAUAGGGAUAGCGGCGGCCGAGUCGCUCUCGCGGUGCACAGGUGCCGCAAGCCCACCAUUGCCGCGAUGCAAGGCUCCGCCGUGGGAGUCGGGAUGACCAUGGUUCUCCCCGCUGCAAUCAGGAUCGCCCAUGAAACAAGCAAGUACGGCUUUGUCUUCGCGCGCCGCGGAAUUACAAUGGAAUCCUGCUCCUCCUACUUCCUUCCCCGCCUAAUCGGUUUCUCGCGCGCAAACUACCUCGUCACAACGGGGGCCGUGUACCCAUCUACAUCUCCGCACUUUGGCGGACUCUUCCAAGAAACUAUGCCUGAGCAGACACAGGUUCUGCCACGGGCGCUGGCGCUGGCGACUGAGAUCGCGGAGAACGUGAGUCCCAUGGCGUCUGCGCUGAAUCGGGAGUUGAUGUGGAGGGGGCCUGAUUCGGCGGAGGAGGCGCAUUUGUUGGAGUCGGAGGUUAUCUACCAUCGGUUUAUCUCUCCGGACCAGAAGGAGGGUGUUACUGCUUUCUUUGAGAAGAGGAAGCCAAGGUUUAUUGGGGAUGUGGACCAGUAUCAGCCUGCGAGUUAUCCUUGGUGGUCAGACGUUAACAUUGAUCCGCCGAGCUCGACAAAGGAGUCGAAAUUGUAG